AGGAAAAAAAAAAAAAAAAAUCACUAGAUCUCUGAUCAAACUUCAACCUAAACUUCUCCAUUACCGUCCGAUCAUCUUCGAUCAAAUGGCGGAGCACCAACAGUCGCAGCUGCGUGGGGAGCGGGGGGAUCAGCUGCAGCAGCAGCCCCGGUCCCACCAGGUGGUGAAGGCGGCGACGGCAGUGACGGCCGGUGGGUCCAUGCUCGUCCUGUCGGGGCUGAUCCUGGCGGGGACGGUGAUCGCGCUCACGAUCGCGACGCCGCUGUUCGUGAUAUUUAGCCCGGUGCUGGUGCCGGCGGUGAUAACGGUGGGGCUGAUCAUCACGGGGUUCCUGGCCUCCGGCGGCUUUGGCGUGGCGGCGAUCUCAGUGCUGUCGUGGAUUUACCGGUACGUGACGGGGAAGCACCCGCCGGGGGCCGACCAGCUGGACCAGGCGCGCCACAAGCUGGCCAGCAAGGCAAGAGAGAUGAAGGACAAGGCCGAGCAGUUUGGCCAGCAGCACCUCACCUCCGGUCAGCAGCAGUCUUCUUAGUUUCUGCUUUUUCGGGUUUUCCGAUGAUGACGUGGCGAUGAUAUGAUCAUGAUUUAGGGAUGUUUGUCGGAAUAAUAAGAUCAAAGAGCUUUGCAUGUGCUUUGAGUGGAUGAGGGGAAGAAGUUAAAUUACUGCUUUUGUUAAUUUUGUUAAUUUUGUUCAUGUUAUUUUAGUAAUUAUAAUAUGGUCGGAGUUUUUCAUGUGUGUGUGUGUGUUAAUGUGGGGGUGUCUAGUUAUGUUUUAGUCUUUGUAUGGGGAAUCAAAGUGUUAUAUUAACUUUUUUAAUUUCCUUUUUGCUUGAAUAA